CGUGCUCAAAUAUUUAGGGGCCAAGGGUCUUUUAUGUCUCUACUUUCAAAUGGUUCUAGUUAAAGCAAAUAUGUUAAAAUGCUAAUAAUUGAUGGAUAUAGCUGUAGGUAUCCUGGUGAUCAUUGUACUAUUCCUGAAAGGUUACUGUAUGUUUGAAUAUUUUCAUAGUAAAUUUGGGGGUGGUGUGUUAUUUAACAAUAAUACAUGUGCAUUCAUGAUUUUAUAGGAUAUUUACAAAGAUAUUCUUGGGUCUAAGUACUUCAUGAACAUCAGAUAGUUUUGAGAGAAUAUUGCAGUUGAAACAUUAAAUCUAUGACUAAAUCUAAGCAGACCUGAGCCUCCCUCCCCUAAGUAACAAUACCCACCCAUCUCUGCAUCUCUGUGAUGUGCUGGCUUGUAGAGCACCCUCAAGUAAGAGGCCCCUUGAACGCUCAGUUGGUUAUUUUUGUUUUCAAAGACCAUACUGCAUUCUUUGCUUUAUGAUUAUGGCUGAAAUAAAUUUCAGAAGUCACCUAUUUUUUUUAAAUCAGUGUUAAAUUAAGAACUCUGAAGGGUUUAAAUUUUUCAUUUUAAGGAAAAGUUGAAAUACAAGGGUAACAUAUGCUGUUAUUUAACAAUGAAAAUGUUUGCACCAUUAUAAAAUUGAUUCAAUUUUUAAUUCCUGUCCACUUUUAAAGAAUACUCAGGACUGCAGCUGAUUUACAACUUUUGCCAAUUAAUGUGUUACAUUAUUAGCUAUGGAGAAAAGAGAGGGAAAGGCAGAGUGGUGGGAGGGUGAUGGGUGACCUCAAAGAGAAUGUAAUAUCUGAGCAAAGACCAGUGGCUACAAGGGCAGUCGCCACCCAUUUCAAUAAAUGUUAUUAACAGUAUGAACCAGAGAAAUGGAAUUAAGUAUUUUAAGAUGCUAUAACAAACUCUAAUACUGAUAACUUAAAGUAAUAACUUUGUAAAAUUACAUUGCCCAACUCUGUGAUACUAACACUGUUAUUUGGGCACAGGUUUAAAUUUUUUUGUUUGCUCAUCAACUUGUCAAAUGUUUAUGGAAUUUGUACUAGUCAUAGGACAUUUUGCUGGUUCUUAAACUCUAAAAAAACAUAGAUUUUUAAAAAUAUAUAAAUAGAAUGUUAAAAUAGCAGUAAAAGUGACCAUGCGUGUUAAGUAUAUUGUCUCUGUAAUUAUUCGGUUUAAUCUUGAUUGGAUUUUAUCUAUAACGAGGAUAAUGAUUUCUAUUUCAAAUUCUCUUCUCUGCCAUGUUGUUUUCUCUGAAUUUAUGAGCCACUUUUACUACUAAGUCCGUUGGCACUGAUGCUGCUGCUUUCACAGUGAUACCAUAUUUCUAUUUAAAAUGAUCGUGCCAUUUUCAAUCAGGCAGCCCAUCCAAACAUGCGGACCUAUUAUUUCUGCACUGACACAGGAAAGGAAAUGGAGUUGUGGAUGAAAGCCAUGUUAGAUGCUGCCCUGGUACAGACAGAACCUGUGAAAAGAGUGGAUAAGAUUACAUCUGAGAAUGCACCAACUAAAGAAAUCAAUAACUUUCCCAACCAUAGAGUGCUAAUUAAACCAGAGGUCCAAAAUAACCAGAAAAACAAGGAAAUGAGCAAAAAUGAAGAAAAAAAGGCAUUAGAAGCUGAAAGAUAUGGAUUUCAGAAGGAUGGCCAAGAUAGACCUUUAACAAAAAUUAAUAGUGUAAAAUUGAAUUCUCUGUCGUCUGAAUAUGAGAGCGGGUCAACGUGCCCGGGUCAGACUGGACACUACAGGCCAGUCAAUGUGAAUAGUUCAGAGAACAAAACGGUCAAUGUUAGCCUGGCAGACCUUAGAGGUGGAAGUCACCCCAGUACAGGGCCCUUACACACAGAGGCUGAUCGAGUCAUACAGAGAACGAAUUCAAUGCAACAGCUGGAACAGUGGAUUAAAAUCCAGAAGGGGAGAGGUCAUGAAGAAGAAACCAGGGGAGUAAUCUCUUACCAAACAUUACCAAGAAAUAUGCCAAGCCACAGAGCCCAUAUCGUGGCCCGCUACCCUGAAGGCUAUAGAACACUCCCAAGAAACAGCAAGACCCGGCCGGAAAGUAUCUGCAGCAUAACUCCUUCCGUUCACGACAAGACAGCUGGGCCUGCGGCCGAAGAGAAGCGGAGAUCCAUGAGAGACGACACCAUGUGGCAGCUUUAUGAGUGGCAGCAGCGUCAGUUUUAUAACAAGCAGGGCACCCUCCCUCGCCAUGGCACCCUGACCAGUCCUAAAACCAUGGUUAAUAUUUCUGACCAGACAAUGCACUCCAUCCCCACAUCACCUUCCCACGGCUCCAUAGCUGCUUAUCAGGGCUACUCCCCUCAGCGAACCUACAGAUCAGAAGUGUCUUCACCAAUUCAGAGGGGAGAUGUGACGAUAGACCGCAGGCACCGGGCCCAUCACCCCAAGCACGUGUAUGUGCCCGACAGGAGGUCAAUGCCUGCUGGCCUAACCUUACAGUCCGUUAGCCCCCAGAGCCUCCAAGGCAAAACGCCAGAGGAGCUUACGCUGCUGCUUAUAAAGCUGAGACGGCAGCAAGCGGAACUGAGUAGUAUCCGGGAGCACACGUUAGCACAGCUCAUGCAGCUAAAGCUCGAGGCGCACAGCCCAAAGAAUGAAAUCCUUUCACAUCACCUUCAAAGGAACACCAUAUAUUUGGAUCAUCAGAUGAAAGAAAAUGAACCUAUUAUCACCAUGGUUCACACAAUGAUUGAGAACUCGGCGCUAAGACCCCAACUGUACCAGCAAUUCUUAAGACAGAGGAACAAGAUAAGUCUAUAUUGUCUGUCACAGGAUGAAUGUAGAGGCACAUUAUACAAAUACAGACCUGAAGAAGUAGAUAUUGAUGUCAAGUUAAGCCGAUUAUGCGAGCAAGAUAAAGUGGUACAUGCUCUGGAAGAGAAACUUCAGCAACUCCACAAGGAGAAAUACACGCUUGAGCAAGCUUUGCUGUCAGCCAGCCAAGAGAUAGAAAUGAAUGCAGAUAACCCAGCAGCCAUUCAGACCGUGGUGUUACAGAGGGACGAUUUACAAAAUGGACUGCUUAGCACAUGUCGAGAACUCUCUCGAGCCACUGCCGAACUGGAACGAGCAUGGAGAGAAUAUGAUAAGUUAGAAUACGAUGUAACUCUCACCAGGAACCAGAUGCAAGAGCAGCUAGAUCGCCUUGGUGAAAUUCAGACUGAAUCAGCAGGAAUUCAGCGUGCACAACUUCAGAAAGAACUCUGGAGAAUUCAGGAUGUCAUGGAAGGACUGAGUAAACACAAACAGCAGAGAGGCACUGCAGAAACAGGUAUGAUAGGAUCAAAGCCUUUCUCAACAGUUAAGUACAAAAAUGAGGAAGAGGAAGUAGUCCCACCUCGUCCUCCACUUCCUCGGUCCUAUGACUUUACAGACCAGCCUCCCAUAAUCCCCCCUCUGCCCAGUGAUAGCAGCUCCUUGCUCUGUUAUAGCAGGGGCCCAGUCCAUCUGCCCGAAGAAAAGAAGAUUCACCAAGUUCAAGGAUAUCCAAGAAAUGGAUCUCACUGUGGUCCAGAUUAUAGACUCUACAAGAGUGAACCAGAGUUAACAACAGUGGCAGAAGUUGAUGAGUCUAAUGGAGAAGAAAAAUCAGAAUCUGUUUCAGAAAUGGAAACUUCUGUUAAAGGUUCCCACUUUCCUGUUGGAGUAGUCCCUCCAAGAACAAAAUCACCAACACCCGAAUCUUCGACAAUAGCCUCAUAUGUAACUUUAAGGAAAACUAAGAAGAUGAUGGAUUCAAGAACGGAAAGACCAAGAAGUGCAGUGGAACAGCUCUGUUUGGCUGAAAGCACUCGACCUAGGAUGACUGUGGAAGAGCAAAUGGAAAGAAUCAGGAGGCAUCAACAAGCAUGCUUAAGGGAAAAGAAAAAAGGAUUAAACAUUAUUGGUGCUUUAGACCAGUCACCCUUACCAAGUCCUUCAAAUUUAAGGGAUAAUCCAUUCCGGGUUACCCAGACUCGAAGGAGGGAUGAUAACCUUAAGGAACUGGAUGCCGUCAUUAGAGAAAAUGACGUGAAGCCAAACCAUGAAACUCCUGCCGCAGAAACUGUUCGACUAAAAGAAGCUGAACCUCAAAAUACAGAUUUCAGCGAAGAGUUUAAAAAAACUGAAAAGGCUUUUUCCGAAACACUUUUCACACCUGAGCCAAAUGGAGUAAAUUCUGAGGAAGUGGUGGAUAAAGAAGAAAACAAAGAAAAGAUGCCCAAAGAUGUUCCAUACAGCCCUCAAGAUGAGUCACAGAUCUCAAAUCAUAAACCAGAAGGCCACCCUGAAGAAAAUACAAAGGACAAUAUUCAUGAGCAGGAAGAAGCUGUUAUUUCUUAUGAACUAACUCCUGAGGCUUCUAGAGGAAGUCAGACAAUGGCAGUGCAAAGCCUGUCCCCGUCUCCCGAGUCCUCAGCAUCACCCGUUCCGUCCACUCAGCCGCAGCUCACAGAAGGCUCACACUUCAUGUGUGUGUAGUCUCAGAACAACUAUACUGACUUCUGUUGAAACCAUUCAAAGCUGAGGACAUGGACCUUUGGCAAUGUGAGAAGAUAUUGUACAGUAUAUUUUAAAUCUAUGAAAUUCAUAGUUCUGAUGCUUUUGGCCACAGAGCAUCGUUUUAUCACUUCUGGAAAAUGUUUAUUCCAAAACAGCUUUAAUGGCCCAUAUGUACACUCAAGGUUAUGUAAUGUAAUCUCAAGGUUAUUAUUCUGACACCAGCUUGCUGCUAUGAUUUCAGAGCACAUAAGUAAAGGUGCUUUUUAGUGUGUGGUCUACAGCCAGAGCUUACUUAGUUGCUGAUUUCCAGAUUUUGAUGUUUCUAAAGUCUAGGUGGAUUUAUAUUUCUUUUCACUUUUCAGUACAUAAAUUUAGUUAUUAUUUCCAGUGAAGCUUGUUUUCCCUUUUUUUUUUUUCUUCUUCCUCCCAUUUUGGCUACUGCAAUGCUUUGUUUCACCCUUGAUUUGUAAAAAUUUUAUAUAUAUAUUUAAAAUGUGCCAUUUUAUUACUGCUAAGUGAAGUAUGUCCAUUUCCUGCUAUAAUUAUUUCUCAGUCAGAUUGCAUUGUCAGCAGUUAUGCCACACUCUUGUCAGCUUAGAUACAAAUGUUAUCGCUUACUUUUUUCUUAAAAAGCAAUUUAAAAUGUAGGUAUUUUGAAGUACUGGGCUUAUACUUCAUUGGACUAGAUGUGUACAGCAAUAAGCAGGUUUUCAAAUCCAGUACUUAGUUUGUGUACAAAUGUAAUUAUGUUCAUUGUGUAUAUAUUAUACAAUGAGCACAUGUAAUGUAAGUAUUAAAGGCUACUUACUGUUGUUUAAAUGCAAAUGUUCAUAUCUCAUUUCUUUUUUAUCAUGUUAAAUAAAUGUUGAUGUUCUUAAA